AUGAAGCUAAGGAUCCCUACUGUAGCUCACGGGUUGCGUCUUCAAAGUAGAAGAGCGUCUGGAAUAUCGUAUCCGAGGUUUUUGGAACAGCAACUUCAACAAUUGCAGUUUUCAGCUUCGAAGAACUACUAUUCUACUCAAUCGGUGGAAGGCAGAUACAAAGAAAAACUUCUACAGAAAGCCAAACGAGAAGGAUUAGCAUCUGUAGCUGAGCUUAAAGAUAGACUCAAGGAAGAGAUCGAAGUGAAAAAGAAAGAACUGAACAAGAUCGAUCCCCUCAAAGAACUUGAAGAUUACGAACAACGCAUGAAAAUGUCAGAAAAUAACAUCAAAGCAGCCAAAUCGAGGGGCCCCAUUGAUCCCAAUCAAGCGGUGUUGCCUUUCAAAACACUGGAUACGUUUUUGAAAGUCGAUAAACUCAGAGAUCUCUCACCGCAAGAAAUUGAAUUUCUGUGGAGGGCCAGAUGGACCAACAAAAAUUUGGCCCUGAACGCUGUUGUUCCACAGGCAAUCUUUGCUAAAAUGCUCAAGAACGUUCGGUCUUCGCCUGCGUUUGUCUUGCCCUUACCAAGACAGAUCAAGACCUCUGAGGAAGGUACCCAAAAUGAGCAAGGUCUCGAGCUCCAUUACAUCCAGUGGCAAAUAAUGAGUGCAAAUACCAUCCACUGCAUGAUGACCAGCCUUGCUGAGUUCAAACUUCACAAGGAGUUUGCCAAGCCACAUACAACUUUCCAGUUUCACCAAGAGCUCGUCAGCGACAAGGGCAUUGUGCUAAUGAACGGCCAAAUCGAGCAAGACAGCAAUGUAUCCUUACAAGAUGCUCAACUUCUUUUGCUCAACGUUCAAAGAUUUUACGGCGCUAUGGGCGAGAAUACAGCUAUUGCGAAACAAAGAGUACAACUGUUACAUGACUUUACGAAAGGAAGUCCAAAUUUCUCCGUUGAUCUAUUGAUCAAGCUGGCACAGUCAAUGGAAAAUUGA